AUGGAUUGGGAGUGCCAGAAGACGCUGAUGGUGGAAUCGGACUCGGCGACGGAUAGGAGAAAUUUGAGAAUGUUGUCCAAACCGGUGACUCGGAGGAAUGAGAACUCGGAGCGCGAGGGUUACCUCCCUGUAAAGUCUUUGCUUGUCGAGCGAUUCAAACAGAGAUUUGGCAAAUACCUUUUGAAAUGGCCUGAAUCUAUGUAUUUUCCUGCAAUUUCCUUUGCCAUUGAACAGAAAAAACUCUUGGACAAAAAUAGUGAAAAAAGGGGUAAAAAGUAUUGCAUAACCUGUGGCUCACAAUUUGAUGCAGAAGAAAUAGGAUUGUGCUGCAAAGAAGUAUACAAGAGUGAUAUUGAUUCGGCUCAUUUCCACACUGUAAGCACAAUACAACACAAGGGACUGAACCGCUAUCAAUAUCACACCAUGUCUACUUCUCACAAUCAUGUAAUCGGCCGGGGGAUAAUUUACUUUAAGGACAAGAUCUCUAAUUCAAGUUCCAACGUUGAAAAGCUGCCAAGUAUAGGGAUUUUUGGCUUUCAUGUCUUGUGA